UCUGCCUUGACGCUGGUCCUCAACAGCUGGUUAGCAUUUAGGCUAAUGGGUUAUCUAGCUGGUUCUGGGGCUGAAAUGAGUUUAAACGACGUUAGGUUAGACACGAAGAGACUAAUGCUAAGCUACAGGAUGCUAAUCCUUCAUUAACGGCGCUAACAGUUCUAUUUAGAGCGGUGGUUAGCAUCCAGCUAAAGGCUAGUUAGCCUGCUAGCUCCGGUGUCAAAACAACAGAACCCUCCCCGGGUCUACCAGAGUCUACCGGGGUCUAUCGGGGUCUACCGGGGUCUACCGGGGUCUACCGGGGUCUGCCAGGGUCUACCAGGGUCUACCGGGGUCUACCAGAGUCUACCGGGGUCUACCAGGGUCUACCGGGGUCUACCAGAGUCUACCGGGGUCUACCAGGGUCUACCGGGGUCUACCGGGGUUUAGCGGGUCUACCAGAGUCUACCGGGGUCUACCAGGGUCUGCCAGGGUCUACCAGAGUCUACCGGGGUCUACCAGGGUCUACCAGGGUCCAUAGCCGUUGAAACAUCCCGUUCCCGGAGAUCCAGAUGGAGACGAACGCUCCGAAGAGACGGGACAAUAAGAAGUCCCUGCGGGUGAAGGUGAUCAGCCUGGGGAACGCCGAGGUGGGAAAGAGCUGCAUCAUCAAACGCUACUGUGAGAAGAGGUUCGUCCCCAAGUACCUGGCCACCAUCGGCAUCGACUACGGCGUCACCAAAGUCCAGGUUCGUGACCGAGAAAUCAAAGUGAACAUCUUUGACAUGGCCGGACAUCCGUUCUUCUACGAGGUGCGUAACGAGUUCUACAAGGACAGUCAGGGCGUGCUGCUGGUCUACGACGUAGGGCUCCGGGAGAGCUUCGACGCCCUCGACAGCUGGCUCGGCGAGAUGAAACAGGAAAUGGGCUCCCAGGCCAACAUGGACAGCAUCGUCUUCGUCGUCUGUGCUAACAAGGUGGACCUGACGAAGCGGCGGGUGGUGGACGAAGGCGAGGGGCGUCUGUGGGCGGAGUCCAGAGGGUUCCACUACUUUGAGACGUCGGCUCAGAGCGGCGAGGGCAUCAACGAGAUGUUCCAGGCGUUCUUCUCCUCCAUCACCGACAUGUGUGAGAAUGGCGGGAAGCGUCCGGUGGCGGAGGUCAGCGUGGGCUUCACCAAGGAGCAGGCCGACACCAUCAGACGCAUCCGAAACAGCAAGGACUCAUGGGAUAUGCUGGGGGUCAAACCUGGUGCCACGCGGGAGGAAGUGAACAAGGCGUACAGGAAGUUGGCCGUCCUGCUGCACCCGGAUAAAUGCGUGGCCCCUGGCAGCGAGGACGCCUUUAAGGCAGUGGUGAACGCUCGCACGUCACUGCUGAAGAACAUUAAAUAACAGACAGUCACGUAUGAAAGCGUUGACCUCACAGACUGCUGAUCACACGCUGACCUACCUACAGUAUUUAUUUAUUUAUUUAUUUAGCCACCUAUUUAUUGAACCUGUUAGCGUCUUGUGUGCCAUGUUCUUGCCACAGUGCUGUAUGCCAAGCUAACGUCGGACCACACUUACACACAUGCCACGUCUGUAAACGGGUGGGCUCAGAGCGCCAGUGUGUGGAGGAAGACUGUUUAUUUUCCUGUCUCAUCAAAAGUAGACCUAACAUUCCAGCUCCAGCCUUAUGUCCAAAUGUUGCCAACAUAUUUGCACAAUCUUGGCCUAGUCCACACGUGGUCAGGUAUUUUUGAUAACAGAGGUUUUCCUCCUCCACUUUCAGAAACACCUUUGUCCACAUGAAAACCUAAAAACCCUAGAGGAAGUACGAGGGUCGUUGGUUUGAACAACAGAAUAUUCUAAAGCUUGAUGACAUCAUCUUUCUAGUCCAUCAAAGGCUUCAAAGCGUGACAUCAAAGGCAGAGGACGGAAUGUUGGUGAAGCCGGGGGCUAGUCCAUGGCAAGAAAGCAGGUCCAAGUUGUGCAGACAUGUUGACAAUAUUUGGAAAAGGGGGUAGAACUGGCAAGAAUUGCUCCUCUCCCAAAUGUUGCCAACAUAUUUGUGCAACUGAGACAGUGCUCUCUUCCUAUUGGUUAAAAAUAUGACUGAAAAAAUUGUUUAAUUGCAAAAAAAGGUUGGAAACUUCUUGGAAAGUGUUUUUUUUCACUCCUUACCAAUUCCACCCACUCUCCCAAAUGUUGCGAACAUAUUUGUGCAGCUGAGACACUGCUCUAACUGUUGGUUUAAACUAUGACUCAAGAUCAUGUUUUAAUUGUAAAAAUAUGUUGGCAACAUUUGGAAAAAUUGGUGGAACUUGCAUGGAUUGAAGUGUUUCUUCGCUUGUCAACAGUUUCACACACUUUAACAAAUGUUGACAACAUGUUUGUGCAAUUUAAACACUGCUUCCUUUUUCUUUUUUGUUCAAAAUAAUACAACAAAAUGUUGCCAAUGUUUUUGUGCCAUGUGGGCAGGAUCUUCAGUCAGAUUUUUAACCAAGAGAGAGAGAAUUGUCUAAAUUGCACAAACAUGUUGGCAACAUUUAGAAAAGUGUGUGGAACUGGCAAACCAUCAGGACAUACCAGUUCCAGAUACUUUCCCAUCAUGUUUAUGCAAUUUAGACAUCCUUAAGCAGAUUCCACCCAAGAGAGCACUGUCUCAGUUGCUCAAUUAUGUUGCCAACAACGGACAAAAGGAGAGACUGUUCUGUGUCUUUGCCGGUGGGCGGGGCUUUUAUUAGUUUUCUGGUAUCAGAGUUCACUUUAACCCUUUGAGUUUAAACUAAAUCUAUGAAAGCUCGUCUCUUCAGAGUAAAGCUGCUGAGGUAAACGGCGGUUAUUUGAUUUAAACUCUACGACCGUUUACAGACGACAGGACGUUCAGCUACGGCUGUUUACGACUUCUGACCGCGAUGUUGGAGACAUCGCGCCGCUACGAGCAGAAGCGUUUUAUAGCCGAAUGAAAGCAUGCAACUAGUUUUAUUUUUUUACAUGCGUAUAAACAGGAUAUGAGAAACGUGGGUGGAGCUUCCACUCAUCUUUGAUGUUUAUUUUUGUCUGUUUUUAAAGGGAAGUGUCUCUGCUGUAGUUGGUAACAUAAAUACCCUCUGAUUUAUCAUCGCCACGGCACCGCUCCAACAAUGUUCUAGCGCCAAUAAAUUAGAGGAUUUAACAGCCUUUAGUUUGACAAAUUAAAGGGAACCUCCUAAGGGAAGCUGAUUCUGCUCAGCAUAAACAUGGAAAAUCAGCUGUGGGGGGGGGGGGGGCUUUUAUUUUGAAAAUCCAGCCACCUUAGAUUCAGCUGGGUUAAAUUUUAAAAUGUUGGCUUUCCUUUAAAUAACCCGCUCUGGAGAAAUUGUUGGAGCCCAUUUUAAAAUAAUUAAGGCUUUUAUUUUUAAAAUCCAGUCUAGUUAUUGCGUACACUUCCAUUUUAAAGGCAGGAAAAGCCAAAAAUGACAGAGGUUUAGAAAUAUUGAAUUCAAAGACAUUUAGAAGGAGGUUGUUUGGAGCAUGCUGCCAUCACAUAUCAGAUCUUAUUUCUUCUACAUGUAAACAUAAUGACAUUUAUUUUGUAUAUUACGGACAGUGAGAAUAUUUAGAUUUAAGGACUGAUAGAAAAUAAGGAGUGAGUGUGAGAGGAGAGAGUGGGUCUUUAUUUUGUCCCUGUCUCAACCCGGUACCUCAAUGACCCUCAGCAAUCACAGACCAAUCAGACGACACGAGGAUGAUGAAGAUGAUGAAGAUGAUGCGUCUCCUGUCACCUCGGACACUUUGGUCACGGUCACAAAGAAGAGGAAGAGCAGGAGCGUUACAGGCAGAGCCGGGAGAAACGUUCAGAUUCAGCUGGAGUCAGGAAGAAGACGUUGGCUGUGUCCAAACAUGUGGAAAAGUGGGCGGAGCUGACGAGGAGCACGGCAAACCUUCAGGCCUUGCCGGUUCCACCCACUGUUCUAAAUGGUGCCAACAUAUUUGUGCAUUUUAGACAUGACCCUCAGUCUCUCCCAUAGAAGAAGAUAAUGUAAUGUAUUUAUCUUCUAAGGUCGAGUCCUUCCCUCUCAUGAGGAUGUUUUAGCAUUUCUAGGAGAUGCCAGGACCAUCUUUCCCACUUCUUCCCACAGAGGCUGAAUGGCCAGUGAAGCAUGGAUGCUGUGACGUUUGAGACAGGAGACAUUUAGAGUAGACUCUAGUAUCGUGCUCGAGUUCACAUAUAAUAACGAGCAGACUUGGGCUCCCCACUGAAACACACAUGUCCCCUGCCAUCAUUUCCGUGUCACAUGACUUCAUUGUACAUGUAGGAUGUGGUUUGGACACAGCCAGAGUCCCACUGAAACGUUCAUGGGUUUAAAGUUUCAUUUUACCUUUGGUGUGAGCGUGAAUGUAAGCGUGAGCGCGUGUGUUUGUCUCACUGUGGUUCUUCUAUGUGCAUGUUUGUUCAACUGGACUGUUUUUGAAAUAAUAAAAGACUAAAAUACUC